ACAGUACACCCAAUCUAGCUAGCUAGCUAGCUAUAUAGUGCGCGGUGCUAUCCUGUCCCUGCUUAAAAGAUGAAAGCUAGCAGCAGGAAUGUAUAUGAUAUCUCUCACAGCAAAAGAUAAAUAGACAGACAUGCUUGUAGAUAGCUCUCAAACACUUUUGGCUUAUAGCUUAGCUUAAUCUGCACUCACACAAGAGAGAGGUUCGCUAGCUAGCUCCUCCUGGCCAGUAACUAACUUAAAGUGGCCAGCUGCACCACACUAAUAAGCAGAGUGCCGUUUGAUCUAGCAUUCUAGCUAGCUCGAACAGUGUAUCAUCGUCUAAGCUAAGCAAGCCAUGGCGAGCUUCGGAGGGCAGUACGUGGGGACGGGGGCGUGGAUGAGGGAGCCGGAGAGCCCGCAGCUGAGCCUGAUGAGCGGCUGCAGCUCGCUCUUCUCCAUCUCGGUGCUGCGGGACGGCGACGACCUCGGCGGCGGCGUGCGGUCGCUCCCCGCCACGCCGGUGUCGCUGGCGGGGUUCGUCGGCGCCGGAGACGAAGUGGAGAUGAUGGAUCAUCUGCGGCAGGGAAGCGGCGACGAGGACCGGAGGACCGUCCGGAUGAUGCGCAACCGGGAGUCCGCGCUACGAUCCAGAGCAAGGAAGAGGGCAUAUGUGGAGGAACUCGAGAAGGAGGUUCGCCGUCUGGUGGAUGACAACCUCAAACUGAAGAAGCAGUGCAAAGAGCUGAAGCAGGAGGUGGCAGCACUGGUCCUUCCCAGCAAGAGCUCGCUGCGACGAACGUCCUCGACUCAGUUCUGAAGCUUCGUCGAAGAAGAAUGCCAGUAGAACAGAAAAAAAGAAGUGUAUUAUUUCGGCCCUGCAGAAUUAGGAUCAGCUGAUUCGACUUGCAUAUGAAUGUGUACAUUUAUCUACGUACAGGGUGUGUAAUGAUAUCGAUCUUUUAGAUAUAUAUUGCCUGUCUCCGCAAAGAUCGAGAACAGAUUUUCAGGAAUUAAGCUCUAUUGUUCAGCUCAAACCA